AGGCGGAGGCUCCGUUACGCCCCGCCCCUGGGCUCGGCCGGGCCGGGCCGCCCACGCGCCGCGCGCCCCGCCCGGGCCCGCGCCGCCAGCCUGCCAGCCCGGAAGGAGCCGAGCGAGCGCCCGCGGCAGCUGACUCAAGCGAGAACUAAGUAGUUUGGUUGACCAUGGGGCCCCUGAGUCGUGAGGCCUGGGCCCAGCGCCUGGGGGCUUUCCGAGCCAGCCCGUCCGCCUUCCUGGCAAGCGCCGAGGGUGAGGAUCUGGCUCGCGACCUGCUGAGUGACCUAAGGAACGAAAAGCUAAACGAGCAGACCAAGGCUUCCUUACUGACACUGAGCUUGGAGUACUCUGACAAACUGUGGCCUGAGGCACCUGCCGCGGAGGCUGCUGCCGGCUCCUUGUUGGACACACUUGUCCUCCUGCCCCCAAGACCUUCACCUCUCCGGAGGCUCCUGUUGUUGGCAGCCACCACAGCCCUGGUGUCGGGAGGUGCUCUUGGACCCACUUCAGGAGCUUCCUGCCGGCUCCUGCCCUUGCUUCUUGGCUUAGCUUCAGGCCGAGACAUGGGACGAAGCUUCGGAGCCAUCUCAGAGCAGCGCCACCUACAGGCCACGGCGUGCGAAUGCCUCCGAGAGCUGGAGCGCUGUAAGCCUGGGUUGCUGGCCGGCUCGCUGGGGAUGCUGCGGAGCCUGCUAGGGCAAGUGGGUCCCGUCCAGCCUGUCAGCCUGCUGCUGGCCCUCGUUCUGCACAACACCUUGGUGGCACAGUCCAGGUCUGGGGCUGGCCUGCAAGGCCUGCUUGUGGCCGGGGUCUCCUCCACUGGGAGUUGUCCCUGGGACUGGACGCUAGCUGAAGAGUGGGAUGCCCAUCUUAGGCCCCAGGCGCCCAGCUGGCACGCAGCUGAGGGGGAGGAGCGUGGCUUUCCAACGCUAGAGCCCAGCCCUGACGACACCCGAGAGCUGAAGGCCGCGGUGGCCCAGCUUCUGGAUACUUCCUACCUGCUCACACCUGUGGCUCAGGCCCAGCUCCUGUGGUUGUUGGGCUGGGCCCUUCGGGGCCUCCGGGGACAGCCACCAGUGCUCUUCAAGCCACAGCUAGUUCGGCUGCUGGGCACCGCACAGCUGGCACUGUUGCACUCAGUCCUGUCUCUCAAGGCGGCCUUCGGCGAGGCCCUGUUCACAGCCCAGGAUGAGGCACUGCUGCUGCGCAGGCUCACCUUGGCAGCCCAGCACCCAGCCUUGCCGCCCCCCACACACCUCUUCUACCUGCACUGCCUCCUGAACUUCCCUGAGAAUUGUCCGCUAGGUCCAGAAGGGGAAGAGGCUGCCCCCCUGCUGUUGGGGCCCCAGCUAUGCAGGGGCCUCAUGCCCAGUCUCCUGCAGGACCCAAUGGUCCUCCUGGCCCGCCUGCAUUUGCUGUGUCUGCUGUGUGCCGAGGAUGAGGAAGAGGAGAAAGGCCUGGCUCAGGGUCCACAGUGGUUCCUACAGGAGCUGCUGGCUGGCCUACAGCAGAGGGCAGCACUGGACGGUGGUCCCCGAGCCUUGGCCACUCUCAGUUUCCAGGCCUCCUACCUCGUUGCUAGCUGCCUGGCUGGGCAGCCUGCAGUGCGGACAUCUUUGAUCCGUGGACUGGCCCAACUGUACCGAGCUCGGCCAUCCCUGGCUCCCCACUUUGUGGACCUCCUAGGUCGGCUAAGCCCCGAGCUGAGAGAGCCCCUCAGGGAGGUGCUACAACAAGAGGUGGUAGCCAUGCCAGGCAAGGAGGAAGCUCUUUGCUGGCACCUGCAAAUGCUGGCAAAGGUGGCCGAGGGAGAUGAUCAGAGCGCCACGCUUGCUUUCCUCAGGGCUGCAGCCGCACACUGCACCGACUGGGGCCUCCAGCAGGCCCUCCUGCGGGUGUGCCGCGCGCUGCUGCGGUCGGGCGGGGGAGACGGCCUGGCAGACUUGCUGCAGGCACUGGCCAGACAGCUGGAGGGCGCGGACGGCCGCGACCGCGCCAGGCUGUACUACAUCCUUCUUUGCCAUUUGUCAGGCCCCAAGCUGCGGACGGCCCUGGGCCCCUCCCUUGCUGUACCCGCAUUGGCCUCGUCCCUGGUGGCGGAAAACCAGGGCUUUGCAUCAGCACUGAUGGUACAGGAGACUCCGGCUCCAAUUCAAUUGAGUGCAGGGCCCAGGAAGGCCAGAGGCCCGAGCCCCGUGCUUCAUCUGCAGGCAGAGGCCUUGGAGGCUCCCGUCUACUCUCUGGAGCUGCGCUUCCGAGUAGAAGGACAGCUGUAUGAGCCUUUGGAGGCCGUCCACAUACCCUGCUUGCGUCCAGGACGGCCUGCCCAUCUGCUGGACUUGCCCUUGCAACCCCGACGCCCAGCCCCCGCCCGCCUCCAUGUCCAGGCCCUCUAUACCACACCUGCUGGCCUCACAUGCCAUGCCCACCUGCCACUCGUGUCUGUGAACUUCUCUGACCUCUUCCUGCCUUUCCCCCAGCUCCCCAAGGGCUCUGAGCUGCGUUUCUUUGAUGAGCUCUGGAACUCCUGCCUGCCGAAGGGUGUAGAGAGUCGCGUGUGGUGUCCACUUGGGCCACAGGGCCUGGGGGCCUUGGUGUCCCAGCACCUAGAGCCCUUUGUUGUGGUGGCUCAGCCCCCUACCACCUAUCUGGUAGCUGUUCGCCUGCCCCCUGACUCCAUGCUGCUGCUGCGGCUGGAGGCAGCUCAGGUGGAUGGCGUGCCCGUGGCCCUAAGGACUGAUGACUGGGCGGUACUGCCCCUGGUCGGGGACUACCUCCGAGGGCUCGCCACCCACUGAGAAUGCCAGGUGGGGCUGGUCCAACAGACUGCCGGAGGAGCUUGUAGCUCCUGCCCCAUAAAAUCACAUCCACUGACA